AUGGCCCUGCAGAGCCAGGUGUGGUCUCCGGCCACACCCAUACCCAUGGCCGAGAGCUCCCUCUACCGGCAGCGACUAGAGGUCAUCGCGGAGAAGCGGCGGCUGCAGGAAGAGAUCCGUGCGGCGCGCGGGGAGCUGGAGGAGGAGAAACUCCGCGUGGAGCGGCUCAAGAGAAAGUCUCUUCGGGAGCGGUGGCUCAUGGACGGGGCCGAGGGACCCGAGGGACCGGAGGAAGCUACCUUGCAGGACCCCGAGACCCCCGAGGGCCAAGCGCAGGACCGCAUCCGGAACCUGGAAGACAGCUUGUUCACACUCCAGUCUCAGCUGCAGCUGUUGCAAAGUGCAUCCACAGGUGCCCAGCACAAGCCCUCUGGCAGGCCCACCUGGCGCAGACAGGGUCAUCGUCCACUCUCCCAGCCCACUGUGGAGGCAGGUACUGAAGGUCAGACUGAUCUGAACAAGAGAGCCUCUUUGCCAGCAGAACCAGUGGGCACAUCCCUGGAGUCCCUGGCUGAGCCCAGAGAUGAGGCUGUUGGGGUUCUGCCAGCCCUGAGGCAGGUCCCUGGGGCAGCAGGGGUCGCCUCAGAAGCCAAUGGCCCCUGCCCCAGACCCAGCCCCCCUCUGGAACAGGCGCACAAUCAGGGGGUGACAGCAGCGUAUGGGGGGGUGGGUGAGGCCAAAGGAGGGGGUGUGGUAAAGGUGGUAUGGGAAGGGCUGAGGGCUACAGAGGACUGUGCCAGGCGGGCCACGGGCCCAGAGCUGGAGGCUAAGGUCGAGGAGAUGGUGCUGGAGGCCAUUGGGGACAGGCUGGAAGCCAGCCGUCCAGAGCUCCCGUCCUGGGUGAAGGAGGACAGGGGUGUCGUGGAGGUGGUCUGGGAAGGGGUGGGCGGCACAGAGGGCAGUGACUCUGAGGCUUCAGGGGAGGCUGGCAGGGGCCCACAGACUGUGCAGACCAGCUCCCCGAGGCUCCAGGAGGAACUAGAGGGAGCAGCUUCUGGAAAAGGGGAAGGGCCCCCCAGGGGCAGCCCUGAUGGCUUUAGGCAGGGGGGUUCGGGGGGAGAGGAGGGAUCCUUUAUUUGGGUGGAGAGAGUGACCCUCAGCGAGGAAUGGGAGGAACUUCUGGUGGAAGGCUUGGAAGGGCCAAGGACACUAGGGAAGGAGGGAGGAGAUGAGAGUCCUUUGGGGGUGGGGAGGUUGGGAGGCGAGGAAACCUGGGAAGUGGAGAGGAGACAAGCAGAGGAAUCACUGGGCACAUGGAAGAAAGGAAGUGAGGAAAAGGCAGAGGAAAAGGCAGGGGCAGAGUGGGAAGGAAUAGAGAUGUCGCUGGUGGUGGAGAAGAAGGGACGGGAGGAACCCUUGAAGCCAGAGAGGAGAGGAGGUGAGGAGCCAUUGGGAACAGGACAGAGUGGAGGUGAGGAAAAGCUGGAGGCAGAGAAGGAAGUUGAGGAGCCAUUGGGAGUAGAAAGCAAGGCAGUUGAGGGAUCAUUGAGGCCUGAGAAGGAAAGAGGUGAGGAAAAGCUCGGGGCGGAGGAGAAGGAGGUUGAGGAAGCACUGGUUGUAGAGGAGAAAGGAGAUGAAGGAAAGCUAGAGGCGACUGAAGAACCACUGGAGGCAGAGAGAACAGGAGGUGAGGAGACACUGGAGGCAGAGAGAACAGGAGGUGAGGAGACACUGGAGGCAGAUAAGAGCCAAGAGGUCAAGGAAGAUGCGAGUCCAGAAGCGCAGAGAAAGUCUGGAAUUGGAGGAGAAUGUCAGGCAGAGGCGGUGAGUGAGGCAGGGGCUUCCCUGGGGGCCAAGGAAGAGCUAAGGCCAGAGGAGGAAGGACCACAGCAGUCCCAGGAGAAGCAGGAAGGCUCGCUGGAGGAGGAAGCAGUGAAGCCUCAAACCCCUGCUGAGGGCCAGGAACCCGCAGGGGAUGCCACACCCCUCCUGGCAGAGACCCCAGCUCCUGAGCAGCCCACCGAGUGCCAGCCACUGCUUCCGGUGGAGGAGCCGAAGGCCAACCCCAGUGCCCACCCCGUGCCCACCUAUGCACCUGCCCAGCAGCCCGAGCCAUCUGCUCCUCCUGAGGGUGAAGAGGCAAGUGGCCCUAAGCAAAAGACGUGCCAGUGUUGUGCGGUGAUGUGAGUCCAUGCCCUCCACCCCACGCCUCGCUCUUCUCACAGCUACCUCGGCCUCUUGGCAUCCAGCAGAGGGUUCCCAGGCACAGACAGGGCAUAUGGGACUGGCCAUGGCAUCUGGGAGCCUGCUGGCCCACACCUAAACCUCCACCUGGGCUUCUGGACCCCUUGCCCACUGCCUGUGACCCUGGCUCCCUUCUCUGACUAAACCUUUAUACUUGAAAAUAAAAUAUUAAA